AGUGGUCUUGUGCUUAAAAAGGUUGGAGAUAAACCUUUUUAAGUGCUACCAGACUAUUUGUUGUUUUUUAAGUUUAUCCUGUACAGACUAACUCGGCCACCCCCUGAAACUAUUGCUAAUGACACUCAUUUUGUCACUUUAUUCACAAGAGAAUGAUAGUUACUUCUCACUUACAUGUGAGCUGCUGUGUGUGUUUAUCAGUCAAAUGUGUCAGAGAUUCCUGGUGAGAGAUUUUUAAAGCUUGUUUGGUUUGAAAUGGUCCUGGGCUCUGAUUACAUUGUCAUCAAGUCCCCAGAAAACAACUUUUUGUACACUGUGUUAAGGCAGAAAAUAAAGGGCAAGAUUGUGGUGCUUUUAUCCUGGUGAGCAACAAAUUGUCCAAUGGAAGCCAAUGAGAAUACUCACAUGAGUUAGGGCUCCAAAGUGUGGACAAAAUAAAUCCAGCUGCUCAGAACUAGCACAGGGUGAAACACCCAGAAUAAUAGUAAUAGCAGACUGUGGCAUUUGGGACCUAUCUAUUUUCACCUAAACUAGAGCUGCUCAUCCAAAGCUUGCUGAACUGUGGGAUACAGGAAUUGAUUUUAUGCAGCCUGAUUAAGGCUUGGCACAUUUAAAACCAGCCUUGAUUUUGCCCAUCUGUGCCUGCCAACAUUCAAAACAAGGAGUCUCCUAACUAAUGUUUAAACUCAGGCCAAGUCUACACUGGCAAGUUACUGUGCAGUAAAUCAGCCCCCACCUCUGUAACUUUCCUGGUGUCCAUACUGGCUCCAAGAAGUAUAGAGCAUAUGUGCUCUGCAUAGAGCUGUCUGCAGUAGCCAGCUUCCACAGUGCGGUCGCUAUGUGCAUCUCCACUGGCAGGGCAGCUCUCAUUCAUGUAUCCUUGUGCUGCAGGGUGGGAGCGAGAUCAGCACACAGUCCCAUGAAAAUAACGUUCCUCAUCCAAAAGUAUGCAGCCACUGCUCGUCAUCCCAGGCUUGCAUGAUGAUGUGAUCCCACCACUCACUGCUUGUUUCCCAAGCUCAAAAGCAGCGUUCCACUGUGCUCAGCACUUCCGUGAAUGAUACAAGAAACCUCGUGUCAUAUGAACACUGCUCAGACUCUUCCUCCUCACUUUGCAGCUUCAGAAAUAACUCUGACUGCCAUUCGUGAGAUGCUAUUGAGACCCAUCAGCAGCUGGGGAUCCAUUCCUGCAGACCAAGGAUGCAGAGCGUGCAGCACAGAAGCUAUUGAAAGAUGGCUCCAAAUGCAGAUGGAAGCACAGGGGUUGCUGGGGUUCCAAGUGAUGUCCCAUAGGGCAUUGGAACAAGACCCAGGAUGCUCUGUGCCUCCCCACAAACCUCUAUGGCAGAAGAGGAAGAGGUGCUCUAUGGGAUAGCUGCCCAGAAUGCACUGCUUCCAAAGGUACUGAAAGUGCCACAAGUGUGGUCACGCUAAUGCUCUGGGGGCUGACAGUGUGAGCACCCAAUCAUGUUUUUGCUGCUGCGCUCUGUGAGCAGAGCUGUAACUGCCAGCAUGUAACAUCCACCAGUGUAGACAUGGCCUCAGUAUCUUCACUCUCUAGUGUCUCUUCUUCCUGGCACCCUGAAAACAUGUCGCCCAGAUGUGGUUUAAUUCAUUCUACUGAUUUGUUAACCUCUCAGCCUAAGGUGUAAGCGUGUGUUCUCUUUGCAUGACACUGCAUGUUUAUUCACAGCAUCGUGCAAUCAGCUGCAUGCAUUUUAGUUCUGUGCAUUGUUCCCUGGGGCUGGUGAUGCAGUUGCAUUGUGCUGAGUUUUUAAGAGUGCAAACAGCACUGUUGAUGUGACUCAAUGGGGGGGCCUGCUCUCAGCUGGACCUGAAUGAAACUAAAUCGUUCAGUUUCCCUGUGACCCACAAACACAGUGAGACAGGCAUAUUGGAAAAGAUGGAGUUAGUGUAACAGAAACAUUGAAAAACUAUGCAAGAUUCACCCAGUUCCCUGGCAAUGGAUGGAUACUCCAGUAAUGUGCCAGCAUUCCUGACUAAACUGUGGACACUGGUGGAAGAUCCUGAAACAAACCAUCUAAUUUGCUGGAGCGCUAAUGGCACUAGCUUCCACGUCUUUGAUCAAGGGCAGUUUGCCAAGGAGGUGCUGCCUAAGUAUUUCAAACACAACAAUAUGGCCAGCUUUGUCCGGCAACUGAACAUGUAUGGCUUCAGGAAAGUGGUAAAUAUAGAACAGGGUGGCCUUGUCAAGCCUGAACGUGAUGACACUGAGUUCCAGCAUCUUUAUUUCCUACAAGGCCAUGAACACCUUUUGGAACACAUCAAAAGGAAGGUAUCCGUUGUUAAAAGCGAGGAAACGAAGAUGCGGCAGGAAGAUCUUAGCAGGUUGCUCUAUGAAGUCCAGAUUCUGAGAAGUCAGCAGGAGAACAUGGAGUGUCAAAUGCAGGACAUGAAGCAGCAAAAUGAAGUCCUGUGGCGGGAAAUUGUAUCUCUCAGGCAGAAUCAUUCUCAGCAACAGAAAGUGAUCCACAAGCUGAUUCAUUUUCUGUUUGGCCAGCUCCAAUCAAACCCCAACGGCGCUGGGAUAAAGAGAAAACUACCUCUGAUGCUAGAUGAUGGAAAUUCCGCUCCUCAAGUAUCGAAGUUCAGCCGACAUUUGUCUGUGGACCCCCUUCACGAUUCCUAUUUCAUUCAGUCGCCAGCUACAGAACCUACCUCAUGCUUAACCAGUCCUGCUCUUGCUGGAGGGCCAGUCAUAUCAGAUGUGACUGAAGCAUCACCACCUAAUGUUGUGUCGCUUCAGUCUCCUCCGGAGGGUGACAGGGAAAAAUGCCACAUGCUGAUCAAGGAAGAACCAGUUAGUCCUGGAGUGAAAGCCACAUCUGAGCCAGAUGUCCCACUGCCUGGCUGUAGUGCCUGUGCUGAACCCCCUGUGUUACCAGUUGCAAUGGUUCAGUCUGUUUUAGAAGGCAAAGGGAGCUGCGGGGCGCCACAGUCUGCAAGUUCACAGCAACCCGAAAGAAGAGGCAGAAGGGCACUUCUAGACAGAACAGAAAUUUCUGGCCCUUUGGAUGACACUGAUUUGAGUUUAGAAGGUCUGCAGCUGCUACUGAGGAGCCAUCAGUAUAACCUGGAACCUGCCAGUGUUUUGGAUGUCUUUAAUCCAAAUCUUUCAGUGAGUGAAUGGAAUCUGACUGACAUGGAAACCAAUUUUUCACCGAUGCAGCGUCUCACAGUGGAUCUGGAGAAGAAUGUAAAUGAGCUGUCUCCCAAGGUGUUAAAUCCUCACUUUAACACCCUCUCCCCAGGGAAACAUGUCGUUCUUGAAAACACCCAGCGGUUUCUCACUGAUGCAGGCUUUGGGCGCAACAUUGUAAACCUACCUGAAAGUUCAGCUCUUUAUAUUCCAUCUGAAAAUAUGCCUUCCUAUCUGUCCUCUGUGGGUCUCCAAGGAGAUAUCCCAUUAAACCUGAGGUCCCCAACUGAAAAUAACAAGUGAUCUAUUUAGCUUUGCCAGACAGGUGUGCCUUUUUCUCCCCUGAAAAACCUCUAGGCUACGUCUACAUUGGCACCCUUUUCUGGAAA